AUGAUCAUGGCGCAGGCAUUGCUGCAGCACGUGGAACAGGCAGAGGCGAUCAUUGCCAAGCGCAUGGCAGCGGGCAGCAGUGUGGCCUCUGUAACAUCCGCUCGAGAAGGCAUACUCGCUACAGUACCACUCGAUAAGAGCAUAAAGCGCACCGACCUGAAUGACUCGUUUCUCAACUACCACAAAACAAUCUACCCCGGGCAAGUGAAACUUCGCUGCAUGGGCGAACCCUGCCCGAACUUCGGCUCCUGCGGGGACUCCUUCCCGACCGUGCGCGCCUGCUUCCGCCCGGAAUUCGCCGACGAAAUUUACUACCGCCCGGACCAGCCGGAAAACUGCCCGAAAUUGUCGCACGCGAACGAGUCGGGGGAGCUUGGGGCGGAUCCGAGAUGCACGCACAAGACGGACCACCACUGGCAUGAUGCGAUGGUGUUUCAGCUGUUUGAGCUGCGCGGCAUGUUCAUCAAUGUCAAUGGGCUUGUCUUCAACCGCUCCCUGCACUUCGACCGCCACGGCUGCUUUCGAGACCUCGAGUUUGACUACAAGGCAGGGGAAUCCCAGGGGAUGAAGCUGCACCUGGUGGUGUCCCUCGCAUACAACCAUGCAUUUGACUACAAGGCAGGGGAAGCGCAGGUGAUGAAGCUGCACCGGGUGGUGUCACUCGCGUACAACCAUGCAUUCGCCUUCUACCACUCCCUCGUGGCGUUCUUCCCCCAGUUCCUUCCUCAUGCUCUCUGUCCCCAUCCCGCCCAACCCCGCCUACACCAGUUUGACUACAAGGCAGGGGAGUCCCAGGUGAUGAAGCUGCACCGGGUGGUGUCACUCGCGUACAACCAUGCAGUGGCAUUCUACCACUCGCUCGUGGAGUUCUUCCCCCAGUUCCUCAUGCUCGCUGACCUGCUGCGCGCCAACCCUGACAUCCCCAUCCUCUUCCGCCGCAGCCAGGUAUGCAGACCUUGUGCCAGGACGACUCAGAUGAACCUGAUAGUGGUGGAGGACACACACUGCUCCAAGCUCAUCCACGCUGAUGUUGUCUACCAGGUCGCCCGUGUACCAAGGCUGCGGCAAGCCCAGCCCCAGCCUGUGGCGCCACCUGUGUCUCAACUCCUCCUCCCCCCUGUCUUUCCCCCGUUUCCCCCAUCUGUUCUCUUCCCCCCCUCUCCCCCUCUCCUCCCCUCCACAGCCCGUCCCGUGUACCAGGGAUGCGGCAAGCCCAGCCCCAGCCUGUGGCGCCACCUGCGCCUCAACUACCUCCUCCCCCCCGACGGCCUGCCUCUCUUCUCCUCCCCCUGGCGCCUCCGCGCCCACUCCCCCGGCCCGUGGUCCGACGCGCGGGCUGCUGUGCUGCCAUCAAACUGGGUGGUGGUGAUGGCGAGGCGGCCGGGGAAUACAAGGAAGAUGGUGGGGUUCGAAGGGCUGCUGGAAGCAGUGGAAGGGAUGUUUGGGAAGGACAGGGUCGUCGUUUUCAACGGCUCGAUACCCAUCCUGGAAGGUACGUCCUAUGUGCGGUCCAGUGCGGAGUAG